AUGAGAGAAGUCAUUAGUGUUAAUGUCGGUCAGGCAGGUUGUCAGAUAGGAAACGCUUGCUGGGAGCUGUACUCGCUCGAGCACGGAAUUAGACCUGACGGCUACCUUCAGGAAGGUCUUUCAAAGCCCAAAGGUGGAGAAGAGGGCUUUUCGACCUUUUUCAACGAGACUGGAUCCGGGAAAUUCGUGCCACGCGCUGUGUAUGUGGACUUGGAGCCUAAUGUCAUUGACGAGGUGCGUAACGGUCCUUACAGGGAGCUGUUUCACCCAGAACAGCUUAUAAGUGGCAAAGAAGAUGCGGCAAACAACUAUGCACGUGGUCACUACACGGUUGGUAGGGAGCUUUUGGAUGAUAUCCUUGACAGAAUCCGUAAGAUCUCCGACCAAUGUGACGGUCUACAAGGUUUUCUGUUCACGCACUCCCUUGGUGGUGGUACUGGUUCGGGUCUUGGGUCCCUUCUACUUGAACAACUUUCCAUUGACUACGGUAAAAAAUCGAAGCUAGAGUUUGCCGUUUACCCAGCUCCUCAAGUGUCUACUUCGGUCGUAGAACCUUACAAUACCGUUUUGACCACACAUACAACUUUGGAACACGCGGACUGUACCUUCAUGGUCGACAAUGAGGCUAUUUACGAGAUGUGCAAAAAAAACCUUGAUAUUUCCAGGCCAAGUUUGGCCAAUUUGAACAAUUUGAUUGCGCAAGUUGUUUCCUCUGUCACGGCUUCUUUGAGAUUCGAUGGUUCCCUAAACGUGGAUUUGAAUGAGUUCCAGACCAAUUUGGUCCCAUACCCUAGAAUUCAUUUCCCAUUGGUAUCUUACGCGCCAAUCAUAUCGAAAAGUAAAGCAAAUCACGAGUCCAACUCGGUCUCCGAAAUAACAAACGCCUGUUUCGAGCCCGGUAACCAGAUGGUCAAAUGCGACCCAAGAACAGGUAAGUACAUGGCCACCUGUUUGCUAUACAGAGGUGACGUUGUGACCAGAGAUGUCCAAAACGCAGUCGCUCAAGUGAAAAACAAGAGAACAGUGCAACUCGUUGACUGGUGUCCUACAGGAUUUAAGAUUGGUAUUUGCUACGAACCACCUACUGCCACACCUCAAUCGCAGCUCUCUUCGGUCAACAGAGCGGUAUGCAUGCUAUCUAACACUACCGCAAUUGCUGACGCCUGGAAGCGUAUUGACAGAAAAUUCGAUCUCAUGUACGCCAAACGUGCGUUCGUUCAUUGGUACGUGGGCGAAGGUAUGGAAGAGGGUGAAUUUACCGAAGCCAGAGAGGAUCUCGCCGCUCUAGAAAGGGACUACAUCGAAGUAGGCGCGGAUUCCUAUGCUGACGAGGAGGAGUACUGA